AUGCGACGGCUUUCCAAAGACAAAUCCCAAAUCGACCCAUCCCUCGCCAAUCUCCCCCUCGAGCAGCUCCUCGAGAGAACCUCCAGCAACAACCCGGCCGACACUCUCCCUGCUUACACCGUCGCGCCAACCGCACCGCCAGAGCGCCUAACCCGUUCGCCUCCCCUGCCCGUCAGCAUCACGGCGGCCUUUGAUUCGCUCCAGCUGAGCAACGAACCCCCCGCCUUCCCUACGGCCCAAACGUGCCUCGCGCACCUCAAACUGCUGUAUGCUUUUCGGAACCUGAAGGAUGAUGUCGGGUAUUCGGAUGGGCUGUGGGGCAUCAAGGAUCCCGAUCCGGCUUUUGGGGUUCCGGAUGCAAGGCUGCUGAGUAGGCUGAGGGAGAAGAGGUGGGCUAUUUUCCUCGCUAGGGCUGUGGAUCGGUAUGAGGCUUGGUGGAAGAGUUUCGGGGGGAGGCCGUUGACGAUGACGGAUAUGGAGGCUAAGGACAGUGCUGCCUAUUUGUGGUUUCCUACCGAUGGUGAUUCGGCAAGGUUGCGGUGGGACGAGGUGAUGAUGAUUCCUCUGGAUGUUCUCAUGGUUUGGCACACGCACAUGCUCAAUCCUCGAAGCUAUCUCGAAGACUGCAUGCGCGCCGGCCUCCGCAGCCUCUGGUUCUCCGGCCUACCAUGGAAAAUCGUCAACGAGGCCAUCGACACGGACUUCAACUACCGCGUCUCCGACGAAGCCAAGAGGCUAUGGACGGCCCGAACGGGUCGACAGUGGGACAAUGCCUACGACCCCAUGGUCAAGGUCAUCCAGUGUCCCGCCUGCAACGGCCUCUGCCACGUCCCCUGGACCUCGUGGCCCGAGGGCCUCCAAGAACCGGCCGACGUGCACUUCGAGGGGAAAGGCUACGGCGACGGCAUGCUGUUCAUGUGGUGUCCCAACGUCGCUUGCAGCAUGGCCCUCACCAAGGACCGUCUCUCCCUCGGCAGGUUCAUCAACGACGUCAAGAACUUGGUCCUGUACCAGAUCGCCAUGCCCGGCACGCAGCUCGACCUCGGAACCGGGGUGCCUACCGUCGGUGAGCCGUCGAAGCCGGCGCUGCACGCAUUUCCCAACUAUCUCAUUCGCGACUCUCUCCGCACGCCGCUGCUGGAACUGUUCCGCCCUCCAGGGAUGGGGUGGGACUCUCGGGACCAGCCGCAGGAUCUAGAUCCUGUCAGGAAGAUAUUCGGGAAGAGCCUGGAUGAUAAGGCCAAUAUUGCGCGCAUUGCUGGGACUCAGACUGGCAAGUUUUUCCUCCCGAAACAGGGGAGGAUGGCGAUUCGGAAGAUGCUCAGCAGGUAUAACGGGAAUUGCUCGAUAUUUGCCCUGGACCUCGUGAGCGCUGUGCUGAGGCAGGGAAUCUUUAUCGACAAGAUGCACAAGAUUGACUGGCUACACAGCCCAUCAGCCAGGGCCACCAUGGAACGCCUCAUCGUCAAAUACAACCGCUUCCUCACCAUCAUGGCCCGCAACCGCAACAACCUCGCCGUGCCGACCCUCGACAUCGACCUCGCGUGGCACACGGCGCAGCUGAGCCCCAGCACGUACUACGCCUACACGGUUCCCAAGUGUCUCAAGUUUGUCAACCACGACGACAAGAUCGAGACGUCGGUGUUGCAGGGCGGCUUCGAGUGGACGUCGAAAGUUUACCAGAAGAAGUACGGCGAGGUGUAUUCGGAGUUCGCCGAGAACUUCCACCAAUCUGGCGCAGCGCGAUUCUGCCCUUCGGACAACUCGGCGCACAUUUCGGCGCACAACUCGGUGCGGACAGCCGUCUCGGCCGCUGCGCAAGAGAGGUUCAACAGGGAGCUAGCAAAGCAGUUCCUCAAGGCGCAGAAGCGAGCGCACCAGAAGGGCCGGUCGAUCCCGUCUAAGCGGGAGUACUACGACCACUGGGGGAAGAUGAGCCAAGUUCAGGCGGAGGAUCGGGCGGUGGUGGUGGUUGCGCUGCCGGGACUUGUAGCGAGGGCGUGGCAGCCGGAGGGUGCAGUGGUCCCGGGGGUUGCGAUGAUGGAGGGGCACCAUGUGGAAGCUGUGGAAGUGGCGGCGGCGGCGAUGGUGGUGGUGGCGGUGAUGGAGGCGGCGGUGAUGGCGGUGGGUGCGGUGGAUGUGGAGGAUGCGGAGAUCCCCCCGACAUCUCUGGCACUUUUCUUCUCUCCCAACGAGAAGAAGAAACAUAGACCGCACAUCAUGGAUGUCGACAUCUCCAUCUCCAUCCCCAUCUCAGUCUCAGACCCUCAGCAUGAGUCCCACCUCAUCCACGUCCUCAAGACAAAAUUCCCCCUUGAGCUCCUCCUCCGUCUCACCGAGCUCAUGGACACACCCUCCCUCCUCAACCUCCGACUAGUCUGCCACGACCUUGAGCGCGUCACCUUCUCCAUAUUCCGCAAACGCUUCUUCACCCACCGCUAUGUCCGCUACAGCGCCAAGUCCCUGCGUCACCUAAGUGAAGCAUCCUUGUCCUCGAGGCUCUCUCCCCCAACUGAGAGCAUCCAUUUCAUUCCUGUACCCGUCCUCGACGAUGACUAUGCCGCCUUUGACAUCGGCCUGGAUCGGGACAUGCUCGAAACCGCAUUCUCCAACUUACCUAGUCUGCGCGCCAUCACCAUUCGCUUCGACGGCGCGGCGCGGCGUCUCUUCACCUUCGACGUUCGCAUGUUCCGCGUUAUCGUUGCGGCUCUCUCCAGAACAGGAACGACCCUUCAGGCUCUUAAUCUUGACCAGAGCGGCGGGACUGGUGGGGGCCUCGCCAUCAGCGGUCUCUUCAUCCCAGAGUUCCUCCGCCCGAGCUUCUAUCCACCCCUUCAGGGCAUCAAGCACCUCUCCCUCUCCCUCUUCCCAGACCAUCAGCCCAGGGACACGCUCCUCACGCAAUUCCUGGCCAUCUUCCGCAACCUCGAGUUCCUUCGCCUCAACCUCGACCGCGGCAACCCUCACCUAUCGUACAGGCUCAUGCAAUCCAUGUUCCGCCCUGCUCUCCCUAAUUUAUCCACCGUCAAGGAGCUGCAGCUCGGCAAGAUGAUGAUCUCACCAGAGUCCAUGGUCCGCAUCAUCAACGCAUUCGCACCUUCCCUCACGGCUCUUGAAUUAUUUCGCAUCGGCCUCUACAUUAGCCGCGAGACCGCACCGGUUGAUGACGACGACGACGCGGUACCGCGAUAUUCGGAGCUCGCUGGAAACCCUCAGUGGAAAUACGUCUUCACCCAGCUUUCCAAGAACCCUCAUCUCGCAAAACUCACGCGCUUCAAAGCCGGUUACUUGACGGAGGGUGCCUCCAGAAGACACGUCUCCUUCCGCGCCGAAGCAUCAGAAGAGGGAAAGGAGCCGCCAAGCGUUGCCGUUUGUGAGCAUCAUGGGUCCAACUUUUCUAAAUUCGCGCGAGAUGUUAGGGAUAACGUUAUCGUGCCGCCUCCAAGCCCCACCGGGUGGCAGGGCUUCGAUGAAGAGGAUGAGGAUGAGGAUGAAGACGACGAUGAGGAUAUGGACUUGCUCGACGGCGAAGACGAAGACGAGGAUGAGGACGGCGAGGACGGCGAGGACGGCGAGGACGAGGGCGCGUGA